AUGGAGAGUGCAACUGGCUCAAGAAAUGAGUAUGAUGUGUUCUUGAGCUUUAGAGGGCUUGAUACACGCCAAACAUUUACCGAUUGUCUUUAUGAAGUCAUGAAAGGCACUGGAGUCCGUGUUUUCAGAGAUGACGAUGAAAUCCAAGGAGGGAAAAACAUCAAAGACGAACUUUGGCAAGCGAUUGAGAGCUCCAAAAUCUACAUGCCCGUCUUCUCUAAGACCUACGCGUCAAGUAAAUGGUGCCUCAAGGAGCUGGCGAAGAUGAUAGAGAUUACAUCCCGAUCAAAUGGAACGAAAGAGAUCCUUCCCAUUUUCUUCGACGUGAGCCCAGGUGAUGUCAAGCUUAAAACUUCACUUUACAAAAAUGAACUAUCCAAUCAUGCGAAGAUGUAUGAAGCUGACAAAGUAAAAGCGUGGGAAAAGGCGCUCAUGGAGGUUGGCAAGCUUAAGGGAUGGAAACCGAGAAACUUAGGCCAUGGCAGACUCAUCACAUCGGUCGUUGAAGAUGUUUUAAUUAAGCUGAACAACAGAAACAAGAUUCUGACCAAACAUUUAGUGGAAGAUCGCAAGCAGGUCGACGCUGUAAUGGAACUGCUGGACAUUAAUUCUGGCGGCACUCAUUCUGUGGGAAUCCGUGGGAUUGGGGGAAUCGGCAAAACGACACUUGCGAAAGUUAUUUUCAACAAAUUAUCCCCUCACUUUGACUGCAGCAGCUUCCUCGAAAAUGUUCGAGAGAUAUCACGACGGUCAGAUGGUCUUGUGUACUUGCAGAAGAAACUCUUAUCAAGCAUUCACCGAUCAAGAAAUAAUGAACUUUAUGAUGUUGAUUGUGGGAUCGACAUGAUAAGAAGACAGCUUUCAAAUAAAAAGGUUCUCAUUGUUGUUGAUGAUAUGGAAGAGAAAGAUCUUCUGGAAAAGCUAGUUGGUGAGUGUGAUGGGCUGAAAUCUGGUAGUAGAGUCAUCAUAACCACUAGGAACUUAAGUGCCAUUCGAAAUGAACCAAAAACAAUCUUGGAUUAUGAAGUCAAGGAAAUGGAAUCCGAUCAAUCCCUUCAGUUGUUUUGUAGACAUGCUUUUGGAAAAGACUUUCCUCCAGGUGAUUAUGAAAGUCUUGCAAGGGAAAUUGUGUCUACUUUGGGGAACCUUCCGUUAGCUGUGGAGGUGAUAGGAUCUUCUCUUUCUUGCAAGCACGACAAUAGAGCUUUAUGGAUAGAAGUAUUGGAGAAGUUAAGGAAAGCUCCUUUGGGGAAAGUCCGAGAAUCGUUGAUGAUAAGUUAUGAAGAAUUAGAGAAAGAACAAAAACAAGUGUUUCUGGAUAUAGCAUGCCUUUUUGUCCAGGAAGAUAAAACUUACCCAAUUUUCAUGUGGAGUGAUUGUAACUACUAUCCUAAUUAUGCAAUUGAUGUCCUUCUUCAUAGGUCCCCGAUAAAAGUUGAAAGCGAUAGCAAAUUCCGGAUGAAUGACCAAGUACGAGACCUUGGAAGGCACAUUGUCCAGGAAGGGGAUUGUAAGUAUCCUAGCAAGUUUAGCAGGGUGUGGACUCAUGAGGAUGCCUUAAACAUAUUAAGGAGUAAGCAGGGAAAUGAACAUGUAGAAGCACUAAAAGUGCGUGGCCAUACAUUUACAGAUGAAGAAUUACUCAAUCUACCAAAUCUAAGGUUCCUUCGAGGGACGGGAUUAAAUUUUGUUGGCAACUUCAAAGAUCUGCUUCCAAUGCUAAGGUGGCUUUCUUGGCAUCAUUGUCCUCCGGAAUUCACAGCAACAAAUUUCUGCCCCAUCAACUUGGUUGUGCUCGACCUGUCCAGUAGCGACAUCACAGAAAAAUGGGAUGGCAAAAAAGCUGAAAGCUUUAGACUUGAGAAACUGCAAAUGCUUAACAAGGACACCGACUUGUCAAACUUCGUGGAGUUGGAGAUAUUGAUACUCGCUGGCUGCUCCAGGUUAAUUACAUUGAUUGCUCCAUUGAUCUUGGACUUGUCAUGUACUCGUAUUUCCGGAUUGCCAGCCACAAUCACUUAUCCAUCUCACCUAGAAGAGUUACGUGUCCAGGAUUGUAGGGAUCUUACGGGUGAAAUCCCAGAUGCAAUUGGCGAACUAUCCCGCUUGAGGAUCUUGGACUUCUCUGGUACUCGUAUUUCUGGUUUGCCUGCCACGAUCAGUUAUCUCCCUUGCCUUAAAGAACUUAUGUUGAAGGAGUGCCGGGAGCUUCGACUAGUGCCACAGCUUCCCUCAAGUUUAAUAAGCCUUAUCCUUGAGGCUAAUCAUUGUGAAAUCAUCCCAGACCUCUCGAACUUAGUUACUUUAGAUCACUUGGACUUGUCCUUUCAUAGGUAUAAGCUCAAGGCUCCUUACCAGUUAGAGGAACUUCUGUCCCCUUGGAAGAUUGUAGAAUCCAUCCACCAGCUUCCAUCUAGUUUGUCAACCUUGCAUCUCACGGAUAUACCGCCACCGCAGCAAUUUUCCAACUUCAUGAACCUGUCGAGUCUCUCCAUUUCUAGCUGCUCAAUGGCACAUCUCCCAGAGCUUGAACACUUGAAGAAGUUAAGGGAAUUGUCCAUAAAAGUGUGUCCAUCCCUCGAGAGAAUACCAGAUCUAUCAUGCUUGAAGAGUCUAGAAACCUUGUAUUUGUCUGAACUAGGAAGUCUUGUUGCGAUACAAGGUCUGGAGGAGUUGGAAUCCUUGGAGUCACUACAGAUCAUCUGCUGUGAGUCAUUAGAAGGAUUACCUCAACUAUCGAAGUUGGUAAAGCUCAAAUCUUUUGAGCUACACGAUUGCCAAGUGUUACAAGCCAUCGAGGGUCUCGGUUGCUUACAACGUUUGAAGCAUUUGACUAUUCUGGGUUGCGUGUCCCUGAAACGGUUGCCUGAUUAUCCGAGGUUCACCAAGCUAGACACUGAUUGGAAAGAACCAGAAACAUCAAGUGCUGAUUAG